AUGGCGGACAAGGUGGUGUUCAAAGUGGCGACGGAGGAAGAGAUAGCAGUUGUCCGACAGCGAAUUGGGACGACGGAGGACGACAUCCGGCAAGCGAUGUCGAAUUUACGCAGCUGGCUCGAGGCGCAACCGCACCUGCCGCACGUCAUGGCUGACGGUCGUCUGGAGCGCUUGUACGUUAGCUGCAAGUGCAGCAUUGAGAAGACGAAGAAGACGUUGGACGCCUACUACACUCUCAAGAAGAAAUUCCCGGAUAUUAUGAUGAAUAGGGAUCCUACCUCACCAGAAAUAACACAGCUCCACAAACAACUGACUGUGGUCACAGUUCCACGCAUGACGGAAGACUGCAACCGUGUUAACUGCCUCUUGAACAUAACCCCCGAUGCUUCAAUCCUGAGCUUGCCGCAGGCAAUAAAGGCCAUGUUGAUGGCGAUGGAGUUCAUGCUCUCGUUUGACUACUCUGUUGGUUACAUAUUUUUAGUUGAUUUGAAGAACGUGACCGCUGCACAUGUCACCAAGGCAAGUGUGCGUGACAUCUGGAGCCUGGAAACUAUCUCCAGGGUGCAUAUCCACCUUCCUGGGUCGGAGACGCUAUUCGAGCAUGUGCCCAAAUCUUGCCUGCCUAAUGAGAUGGGUGGCACAGCUGGCCCUGCUCAAGAAAUGAUGGAUGCGGUCAUAAAUUCCAUGGUGGAUCUUAGAGAGUGGUUCAUUGAAGAGGACAGAUACAUAGCAGAUGAGAGCAAAAGAUCUCCAGACAACAGCUACAAAAAUGACUAUGACUUGUUUGGUAUGGACGGAUCUUUCAAGAAGCUGCAACUGGACUAA